UGUGGAGGGAGGAGGCCCAGAAAGUGCAAGUGCCAGGGCGUGUGUUAUGGAGCGGGACACGUCACUUGCUAGUCCAUCAAAAUAAACGUGUGAUAGAUCGCCACGUCCAAGGCGAACUCUGUAAGAAUUAUCAUAUUUAAAAAAAAGUUCUACUUGUUUUUCUGUCCAAGAAUUUUGUACCUGGAACCAAGGAGAGGGAAAUUUGUGCCCUGGCUUUCCAUUCAUUUUGUAUUUGCAUCCGAGAAAAACUAAUGUCAUAGACGUUUGCCGGAGACACUGAGACACUCUAGAGGAGAAUUUUAAUAAAAAUGGGCAACGAUGAAUUGGAUUGCAAUUGAAUUGAUACAAUUGAGAUCACAAGUUUGGUAUAUUAUUCUUACUGGGCUUGUGGCCGGAGUAGGCAUUUUGGUGACUAAGAAGGCAAAAGUACAUAUACAUGGCAGGAUUUAAACACAACAGAAUUUUAGGAGGUCAAUGUCUAUAUAAGACAUGUUUUAGCUUUUUGCAAAAAAACAAGUUUAUUCAUCCAGGACCAUGCAGUAGAGGCAUUUCUGGUAUGUAUGCUGGAGCUCAUUUAAUAAGAAAGUACAUGAGUUCUGUCAAUAACAUCACAAAAGAAGAUCAAAGAGAAAAGGUUUGCAAAAUCCUGAAGGACAAAAGAUUAGUACCAGAAUCUGCUCCUCCAAGCAACGAACAUCUUCAUCACCUCUAUAAUUUUAUUGAAGACAGUCAAAAGCUUGUGGUUUUGACUGGAGCAGGCAUUAGCACGGAAUGUGGAAUACCUGAUUAUAGAAGUCCUCAUGGAGCUUAUAGUUCUGGAUUCAAGCCUAUUACUCAUCAAGAGUUUGUUCGCUCAACUAAGACCCAGAGAAGGUACUGGGCUAGGAGCUAUGCUGGUUGGCGGAGGUUCAUUGCUGCCCAGCCAGGACCUGUUCACAAGGCACUUGCAACUCUUGAAACUAGGGGCUAUGUGCAUGGAAUGAUUACUCAAAAUGUUGAUAGGUUGCAUAACAGAGCAGGCAGUGAUCCUCUUGAAUUGCAUGGAACAACACAUUCUGUUAUAUGCUUAGAUUGCAAUUCUAUUACUUGCCGACAUUUAUUUCAAGAUCAAGUCAAGUCCUUAAAUCCAGAGUGGGCUCUAGCAAUUGAAAGUGUGGAGAAAGGAGAGCUUGAUAUAGAUUCAAGUUUUGGUAUGCAGCAGCGACCUGAUGGAGAUAUUGAAAUAGAUGAAAGAUUUUGGGAAAACAAUUUUCAGAUUCCAACCUGUGAGCAAUGUGGUGGUGUUCUAAAGCCUAGUGUUGUCUUUUUUGGCGAUAAUGUCCCCAAAGAGAGAGCGGAUCAAGCUAUGGAAACAAUAAAGGGAGGUGAUGCCCUACUUGUUCUUGGAUCAUCCUUGAUGACAAUGUCAGCUUAUCGUCUUGUGAGGGCUGCAUAUGAGGUGGGAUCACCCGUUGGACUAAUAAACAUUGGUCCUACACGCGCUGACAACUUAGCAACGUUAAAGAUAGAGGCCCGUUGUGGUGAAGUACUAUCUAGGUUGUUGGCAAUGGGUUCAAUUCGUGUACCUUUAGUUCCAUAAGAUAAAAAUUCAAGGUUUAUUGUGGAAUGGUAGUUGAAUACUACUAUACUUUUAACAUCUAUUAAAUUUGGAAACCAAACUCGAUUGUGCCAAGCAUAGAUUUGGGCUAAUUAUAAAGCUAUAUCUUAAAAUUAUAGCAAUAA